CGCACAUAGGGAACAGAAGCUACUAGCUCCAGCACAAAACACCUACUGCUUCAACUGUACCGUUAGACAUGUCAAGGGUGUUGGAGCCUCUCAUUGUGGGGAAAGUGAUUGGUGAGGUCCUGGACCAUUUCAACCCCACGGUGAAGAUGGUGGUCACCUACAACUCCAACAAGCAGGUGUUCAACGGGCACGAGUUCUUCCCUUCGGCAGUGGCCGCCAAGCCGCGUGUUGAGGUCCAAGGGGGCGACCUCAGGUCCUUCUUCACGUUGGUGAUGACCGACCCCGAUGUUCCUGGACCUAGUGAUCCAUACUUGAGGGAGCACCUUCACUGGAUUGUCACUGAUAUUCCUGGGACUACCGAUGCUUCUUUUGGGAAAGAGGUGGUGAGCUACGAGAUCCCAAAGCCAAACAUUGGCAUCCACAGGUUCAUCUUUGUGCUGUUCCGGCAGAAGAGCCGGCAAGCGGUGAACCCGCCGUCGUCGAAGGACCGCUUCAGCACCCGCCAGUUCGCUGAGGAGAACGACCUCGGCCUCCCCGUCGCCGCCGUCUACUUCAACGCGCAGCGCGAGACCGCCGCCCGCCGACGCUAACCGUACGGCUCAACGUACGAAAGAAGACCAUCCUACGACGCUUGCAAUUAGCUGGGCAAGCAAAGCUUUUUUUUUCAUCCUGAGUCGAUCUUUACGUAUGUAUGUUUGUUUAAAUAAAAAGGUAGCUAAUCAGCUGCUUGGCUGUGACCCCACGAGCUAGCAGCUACAACCUACUGGUACAUGCUGCACAUUUUAGCUGAUUUAUGAAGGUGACAAUAUGAUUGGUAGGGUUGCAAUGUUGACUGGGCAUAGUGUAACAACUUAAGCAAUGGCCAUGGGCGAGUACGUGUCGAGUGGUGAAGUUGAAGGGAAGUUUAUAUUAAAAGCAAGGCCAUGUCUUGUAUUACCUUGCCUA